ACCACCCGCGGCCGUUCCAAAUUCUCUCCUCUCGUUGUAGUAUUCCUGCUCCCACACGGCGACGUAGCCAUCGCCAUCGCUGCCGCUCUCCUCAGCAGCGCUCCUCUACAACCUCCUCCUCUAGGCAGGGGUUAGCGUGCGCCCUCUCCUCGUGCGGCCGUCCCAAACCCUAGCAUAUCCCCCUCCCCGACUCCUCUGCGCCGGAGCUCCCCUCUGACCGCGCAGAUCGCCGUCGAUGGGGUCCAAGGACCAGGACCUGGCCGCGUCGUCGGGCGGUGGCGGAGGCUUCUUCUCCUCGAUCGCCGCGGGCGUGCGCAGCUGGGGCACUGCCGUGCACAAAUCGGUCAACGGGUUGGUUGGCUAUGAAGGGCUUGAAGUUAUCAAUCCAGAUGGAGGCACAGAUGAUGCGGAAGCAGAGGCUAUGAAGGGGCGAUGGAAACAGGAGGAUCGCGACAGUUACUGGAAGAUGAUGAACAAGUACAUAGGAUCAGAUGUAACGUCACUUGUUACACUUCCAGUCAUCAUCUUUGAGCCGAUGUCAAUGCUUCAGAAAAUGGCAGAGUUAAUGGAAUAUUGUGACCUGUUAGACAAAGCAGAUGAAUGUGAGGAUCCGCACAUGCGGAUGGUAUAUGCUUCUACAUGGGCUUUGUCAGCCUACCUAGCCUACCACCGUACGUGGAAGCCUUUCAAUCCCAUCCUUGGAGAGACGUAUGAGAUGGUUAACCACCAGGGUAUUACAUUUAUUGCUGAGCAGGUAAGUCAUCAUCCUCCGAUGGGUGUAGCUCACUGUGAGAACGAUCAUUUUACUUACGACAUCACAUCGAAGUUGAAGACGAAGUUCUUGGGAAACUCAGUGGAAGUGUAUCCAGUUGGAAGGACUAGAGUAACACUUAAGAAGUCUGGUGUCGUGUUGGAAUUGGUACCACCACUGACCAAGGUCAACAACUUAAUAUUUGGGCGCACAUGGGUAGACUCUUUUGGAGAGAUGGUCCUGACAAAUCUGACAACUGGAGACAAAGCCGUGCUGUAUUUCCAGCCAUGCGGCUGGUUUGGGGCUGGGCGAUUCGAGGUGGAUGGGUAUGUAUAUACUGCAGCUGAAGAACCGAAAAUAAUGAUGACAGGAAAAUGGAACAAGUCCAUGAGUUACCAGCCUUGUGAUCAAGAAGGUGAUCCUCUUCCAGGGACCGAGCUAAAAGAGGUCUGGAAAGCCGCUCCUGCUCCACCGAAUGACAAGUACCAGUAUACAUACUUUGCGCACAAAAUAAAUAGCUUUGAUACAGCACCUAAGAAGCUCUUGCCUUCAGACUCCCGAUUAAGGCCCGACAGAUAUGCCCUUGAGAAGGGCGACAUGUCUAAAUCUGGGGCACACAAGAGCAGGCUUGAAGAACAACAAAGAGCUGAGAAGAAAAUUCGGGACACCAAGGGGGAGCAAUUUACUCCAAAAUGGUUCAAAAUGACCGAGGACAUCUCCCCUACGCCGUGGGGCGAUCUGGAGGUGUAUGAGUACAAUGGCAGAUACGCCGAGCACCGGGCUGCGAUAGACAGCUCUAGCGUCGUCGCCGAGGAGACAGACGUGAGCUCCAUCGAGUUCAACCCGUGGCAGUAUGGUGACUCGCCUUCCCAAUGAUUUGAAAGGGUCUGAAGCCACCCAUAUAUUAUUUUUCUCCUCUAAAACGCUUUCAGGCCUUGUGCUGAUCCAUACCGGCGGUUUUCGUGCCUUGUAGUAUUAUACGACUUUCCACUUUUUUCUCUUCAUGCUGUGAUACAGUUCAGGAUGUGAUUGUGUAUUUGAUGUAGUCCAUAUUCUGUUGUCGUAAGCCUAGAAGAAGCUGGUGAAAUUUAUUUAAGAUCAAUUUGAGUGGGAAAUUAGGAAUAUCA